GCAGCCCCUUGGCCCUGACCCCAGCUCACAGCAGCCUCCCGCAGCCCAGCAUGGCGAAGGCAGCCGCAGGGCUCUGCGCCCUCCUCCUCGCUGUGCUGUGCUGCCAGAGCCCGGCACAGAGAGCCCCGGCCGUGCCAGACAAGUGCUGCUUCAACUUCCAGAUGAGAAGGAUCAAGAGGGACAACAUCAUUGCUUGCUACCCCACCAGCCCCGAGUGCCCGCACAAGGCUGUGAUCUUCAGGGUGAGGAGCGGGAAGGAGAUCUGCACCCAGGCGAGCAGGGCCUGGGUAAAGAAGUACCAGCAGAGCUUCCCGGUCAGCUCCUUCUCCAUUCCCAGCUAGCGGAGCAGCUGGAGGCAGCACAAGGAGUCCCCUUCAUGGGGGACAGGACACUGCAAAGGCCACCCCUUAGCAGAGGUGGCUGCAGGGACCCCAUGUUUGGGAAUAGCAGCUCACUGGGGACAUCCUUCCAAUCACGUUAUGAGAACCACCACCACCUUCCCAAAGGCAAAGGGCAGCAUCCCACUGGGAUGGGGUGUGCUGACCCCGUGGGGCGCUGGGGUCCAGCCCUGCUCUCAGCCCCAUGCUUUCAGCCUUGCUUUACACGCAGGCAGCUGCCUGCAGCUCUCACAGGCAGCAGUGGCAUGUCAAGGCUGUGCUCACUGGCCUGGCAGCAGCAGGGGGGUUAAGGGAAGCAGCUCCAUGGCUCCAUGUUGUACAACACACAGAAGGGAAUUAAAUGUCAUCUCAUGCAUGCAAACA